GUGAUAACCUCAUAAAAGGUUAAAUUAUUCUUGUUGAAUACCAUGAUUAUUAGAUUGUCAUUUGUUCGUUUAGUAUUACUAAUAUGUUUUGUAGAUUUUCUAAUAUGUAUGCCAAAUAAUAAGAUAAAUUUUACUGGUAGUGCAACAACAACUACUACUACAACUACCACAGGUACUACUAGAACUGUCACUACUACUGAGCCUAUAACAACUACAACUUCUAAACCAACUACAACUCAUGGUGUAAUUACAACAACAAAUGGAGAAACCACUGAAACAUCACUGAUAGUAACAACUAAUGGUUCUUUGAGCAGUAACAUAACUAACUCAUCAACAACUUUGCUGAAUUCUAUAAACACUUCCUCACUACAUUUCGAUAAUUCAUCCUUAAAUGUAAGAGAAGAGAGUAAUUUAUCGAAUGGGACAAUAAAUACUACUGAGUUCAUGCAAAGUACAGCUUUGCCAACAACUACAAACAAUGACAUAAAUGGAACAACUAUCGGAUAUUCCAGAACAACUUUAUCGCCACCAAUAGAAAAACAUGCUAAUAACUUAACUAAUACUACUAAUCCUUCAACUAAUUCAUCUCGACGACACUCUAUAAAAGGAAGAGUUAUUUUAGCUACGACACGUGAACAAGGUAGUAGAGUAUGGGGAUUAACUGCAGCAAAAGCUGAAUUGGCUUGUCAUAGAUUUAUAACUAAUCGUAGAAUUACGUCAGCAUUAACCAAUCAAACAAAUAAUGGAAAUGUUAAACCAACUGAUUUAUAUCAAGGUCAUUUAUUAUCUGUUACAUCAAAUGAUGAGAUUAUACACUUAGUAAGCCUCAUGGGUACAGUACCAGUUGGAUCAUAUUGGACAGGGGGUAAAUUAAUGAGACCAAGACAUACUGGAGUGGAUGGUGAAAAUGCUACUAAGUGGAAAGUGAUGUUAAACUGGUCGGAUGGUCGAACUGCUCCUGCAAAAAUAUUGGGUAUAACUGAUGAUGAUGCAAAUAAUCUUGUAGAGGGUAUUACUUAUUGUCUGUCAUUAGAUAUUGCACGACUUACAUGGCAAGCUCGUGAUUGUGAACAUCGUUUGCCUUAUGCAUGCUUGAUUACUAGUCGAGAUGUUUUAAUUCAAACUACCACUAGUAAUUCAUCAAUAGUAGUUAAGACACCACAAGAAAUAAAUAGUACACAAAUUUCUGCUAAUCACAAUCAUGUUAUUUCAAAACGUCGUGAAACGGUGCUCGAAAAUUCUACUACAGUUAUUAACACUUCAGUAAAUACUAAUCAUUCAGAGAACAGUCAGACGAUUUCACCUUUACUGGAGUCCACUAAAUCUAUCCCAGCAAGCAUAACCAUAACACCAAAUAAUACAGAGAAUUCAACUCUUGGGAUAAAUUUUAACGUGUCAUCUGAGAUUCAGAAUACUUCACAGAUGGAUAGCACAACCCCAUCUAGUUCACGUUCUAUAGUAACUGAGGAUAAUAGUUUUAACCAAAAUGGAAAGACCGUUUCCGAGUCAACGAUCCAACUUAAUGAGCAGCGUGUACAAUUUACAGAACCCGCCUCUGAAACUAAUCAAACUUUCAGUGUUCCUUCUCUUCCUAAAGCUCAGGUAUCUAUGGAUGAUAGUGAUGGUAAUAAUGGUACCGGUGACGAUGAUGAUGGUGAUGAAGAUGAUGAUAACAGUGAUGAAAAUGGUAAUAACGGUCAAUUCCCUUUCAGUUCAAGUGGACUGGGUACAAACGAUCUGGAAUCCAUAUUGAUGAACAUUGAACGUUUACAUACAACAACACAUCUACCACCGUCAGAAAUUCCUACUACUACUGCUACUCCCACAACUACUAGUACUACUACAACUACUAUUACUCCCACCGCUAUUAUUACAACCCCGCUACCACUACUAUCGCUACUGCUACUACCAGUUCCAAUACUACUACUACUACUAUUCUUGAUAAUACUUCUACCAGUACUACUGCUACUUCCACCACUACUCCUACUGUUACUACUACUCCCACUAAUAGUACUACUAUUGCUUCCACAACUACUACUAAUUCCACCACUACUAAUACUGCUAUUCAUGAUAGUACUUCUACCAGUACUACUGCUACUUCUACCGUUACUACCACUCCUACCACCCCUGUUACCUCCACUACUACUACUCCCACUAAUAGUACUACUAUUGCUUCCACAACUACUACUAAUUCCACCACUACUAAUACUACUAUUCAUGAUAGUACUUCUACCAGUACUACUGCUACUUCUACCGUUACUACCACUCCUACCACCCCUGUUACCUCCACUAUUACUACUCUCACUAAUAGUACUACUAUUGCUUCCACAACUACUACUAAUUUCACCACUACUAAUACUACUAUUCAUGAUAAUACUUCUACCAGUACUACUGCUAAUUCUACCACUACUUCUACUGUUACUACUACUGCCACCACCCCUGUUACCUCUACUAUUACUACUGCUACAACAACAAAGACUAAUAAUAAUAAUACUAUUCCUGCUAAUACUACUACGAGCACAACUACUACUCCUACUACUACCAUUACUGCUGAAAUCACUACUAAUACUACUGAAAUCAAUGAAAAAAUAUCUACAGAAAAUACUAGUGAAGAUGUCGAGAUGUCGAUUGGAACAACAUAUGCACAAAAUACUUCAGAUAAUAAGUCGUUAAGGUCGCCUGUUUUGUUAAAUAAUUCCUCUGAAGAAAUGACAACCUCUACAACACCUGAAAUAAACUCACAAGAAUCGACUACGGUAAUGAUACAAGCAGAGUCUUUGAUGACAACGGUAUCCAAUUCGAUAGUAAGUGUUGAAACAACAUCAACGCCACUAAUUGGAUCUGAAAAAACGACGAUAUCCACAUCCGAGUCAUCAGAAGCGGGGAUCUCAUCUGUGUUAACAACACCAGUGUCAUUCCAAUCAACGGCAACAACUGAGCCGACGAUGCCUUCAGGACCUUCACCAACAGAGACAUCUACGUCACUAACCACGAAGAUUCAGAGUUCAUUACCAAUGUCCAUAAAUGAACCAUCCCCAUCAACAGCAUCUAUGGAGCUUCAAUCAGUGGGGACAUCUGAGGCCCUAACAUCAACGACAUCCCAAUCAAAUACGUCAGCAGAACCAACUACAACUCUGGAAUUAGAGUCAACAGAAAAUGUAGACUAUGUUAUCACAGCCAACGACCUCAUAUGUAUCAAUGACAGCAACAGAGUCUACGGUUAUGGAAACCAUAUCCUCUGAAACAGGAACUAGUUAACAUAAUGAAAGAAAGUAAUUUUUGAUUGAAUUAUUUUAAAUAAUUGAGUAACUAUUUAAACGAGUUCAGUUGUAAUACUAAGUUACAAAAUUUUCGACAUUGUAUUACAGCUAUUUUUCUUAUAUUUAAAGAUAAAUGAUGUUCUAAUAACAUUGUUUUUCUCAAACAAAACGUUAAGUUACAAUAUCUGUUGUAAUUCAUUACAAGAAGAUCCUUAUAAUUUACAGAAACAGAAUUGAAUAUAAAUUCAGGUAUAAAAUAUUUGUAAUCGUAGAAGUUAAAAACUACUGAUUUUUUGUUGGUUUGUUGACGCCUUCUAUACUCAUAGUAGGUAAUAUUAUCUUUACGAAUAAUUAUAUUGUUUCAUAUAACCAGUCAUUUUGCUCAAAAUAAAUAGAUGAUUUUU